ACGCCCGGCUUUCAAAAAGGUUGGAAACUGACGGUGGACAACUUCUUGCAAACCACGCAAUGGUGGAAAGACCAAAAAGAUCAACAAGGGGAAGCCAAGAAAGCGGGGGAAAGAAACGGAAGAAAAGGAGAGCUAGAAGAAGAGGUGGACGUGGCAACAAACGAAGCAGACCGAGAAAGAAGACACCAAAGCCAAAGAAGAAGGCAACGAAACCACGGCCGCAGCACAAGAAAGUCAUGGAAAUAAAAAAGAAGCUGGAAGACCGGAAAACGAAACCAAAGACCAACCAGAAAGUCAACACGAAGAAGGCUGCCGGAGGAUCUUCACGUGGCACCAGCGGUAAAGGAACUGGCGAAGGAAAGAAAAAGAAAGAAGUAGAAAGAAAGAAAAGCCUGGCGAAAGCAAGCAAAGCUGCCAAAAAAGCAGCUCGCCCUCCAGUGCCUUCACGCAGAAGGACAAGCAGCAGGCGACCAACAAAACCAAGCAGGCGAAAUAACAAGACGAAAGCCCCCAGGCAAAAAACGAAGGGAAGUCCCAGAGCGGGAGAAGCAAAGGUGACACAAAAGAAAGAAGAAAGUGGCAGGGAGAGAGCAAAGAAACCCCACGGUAAGACAGGGCCAAAGGUGAUACAAAAGGAAAAGGAAAGUCACAGGGAGAGAACGCAAGGAAAGGUCAAACAAGAGAAAAACAAAGAACAGAAGGAAAGUCCCAAAGCGAGCUCGAGAGAAGCGAAGGUGACAGAAAAGAAGGAAGAAGGUGGUGAUGAGAGAGCAAAGGAACCUCAGGGUAAAACAGAGCCAAAGGUGAUACAAAAGGAAAGUCAUAGAGAGAGAACGAGAGGACCUGUCAAACAAGAGGAAAACAAAGAACAGAAAACAAACGAGCCCAGAGUGGACGUGGAAGAGGGAAAAGGUGAUACAAAGGCUUCGGCGGCUACCGACGUGGACACGAACGAAUUCCUGAGAGUGUUGAAAACCGUAACCUUGGGCGAAACGGAUGCAGAAAAAAAGACAAAACACGUAACAGCUCAGCACAAGAAAGGUACAUCAGGCCGCAAGAACGGGAAAGUGAUCUUUGAAAAGGCACUUGAGGGCAUGGCGCAAGGGCGAAAGCGGGUUCAAAGCGAUUUACUCGCAUUUAGCGUUGCCCAAAACGCUUUAGCAUCGGAAGAGACAAGUUCUGAAGUUCUGGAGGGUACGGCACUUGUACAGCAGGGCCUGCAAGUCGUGAAGGAAGGAGAACAACAACUCAAGGACUGGCUCGAACCCGGCAACACAGCUUCUAAACAAUCAAAACUUCAAGACAAAGGAUUUGGCCUGAAAGGACAGAGUGGAGGGACGAACAGUGAUGUUGGCGGAAAGGGGCUAGCUGGUACGGAUUCGUUGGUAAGCCGUGCAAUGACCAGCAUGAAUACCGUACAUGGUCCCGGCCUGGGAGAAAAGGAGGCGAACAAGGAAAACAACAAGGACGGUGAGAAUGUGAAGAAGAUCCCAGCAGGAGGUGGAGAGGAGGGGACCGGAGCGCUCGGUAAACUGAGAGAAGGCUUGAACAAGAUCAAGGAAGGUCUGAAUCUCCAAGAAGAUGGGCAGAAGACUAAAUCUGGUGGAAAACAAGACAAGGCGAAGGUACAGCAGGGUCUGGCAGAGAUGAAGGAAGGAGUGGGAGACGUAGAAGAAGGACUGAAUGUGGUGAUGGUGGGAAAGAAAGAAGUGGAGGAGGGAGUAAGAGAUAUAGGCGACAGUACGGAGAAAGAGACACCUGAGGGAGACCUAUCAGCCAGCGAAGCCAGUGAGGAAGACCUGAAGAAAUAUCUGGAAGGAUGGGGUAUGAAUGGGGUUCGACAGUUUCCGAUUUCUGCUGGUGGAAACCCCUUCAUCGACCCUACGCCAACUAAACACGUAAUGUUUCCGCGAGGCAAGGAAGGCAUCGUGUCCACAUCGCCCAAACCUGCACAGAGGACCCUGUUCUAUCCCAGCUAUCUUCAAGUUCCGCAGGCCGGUACAGUUCCAACGCCUUCCGCAAGGGACGCUCCAAAGCAGGGAGGCAAGGCACUGCCCGUUACAAAGCCGGCUGGUGGGAAAAGUGUAGGUGAUAAAAGCCAGGCGAAGGGAGGAGCAACAACUCCAACGAGUCGCAGCGGUGAUGAGCUUCUGAAAGAGAUCAAAGAACUUCAGCACGAGGUUGUGGAACUCGAGGCUAAGAAAACAGGCAAGGGGAAGUCCAAGAAAAGCAGGCGCCGUGGUAGAAAUGUCUGAUGAGAGUAAACCAGACCACACACUAGUGCUGGAGGAACGUAGAACAAGAUCUAAAGGUGGAAGAGAGCCGUCAUUGCGCAAAUAGCGACUGCAUGGCGUCUGCUUUGUUGCUCCUAAU